AUGGCGAAUGAUAAGUCUAAAAGCUCGUCGCCAGCUGCAGCGCAAUCACCUCCACGGGAUGCCGAUAGCCCUGAGGAGACUGUUCUGGAAGCGGGCGAUGACGAUUCCGCACUUGGGGUCACCGAUGAUGAGUUAUCGACCGCGUCUUUGCGCUCUAGUAUUUACGAAUAUCAUAUGAUCAAUGGCCGAGGGUAUCAUAAAGAUGAGAAAUACUGGCUCCCCAGUGAUCAGAAUGAAUCAGAGCGCUUAGAUCUCCAGAACCAUCAACUUCUCUUGACAUUCGGCGGCAAGCGAUAUUUCUCGCCCAAUGCUGACACUGCAAAGAGAGUACUCGAUGUCGGAACCGGCACCGGAAUUUGGGCUGUCGAGUUUGCUGAUGAACAUCCUCACGCCGAGGUCUUUGGCAUCGAUAUUGCUCCUAUCCAGCCAGACUUUGUUCCUCCAAACUGUACCUUUGAGAUCGACGACGCCGAGAAGGAAUGGACGUGGACUAAACCCUUCGACUACAUCUUCGUUCGUCUCAUGGUCGGCAGUAUAGCAGACUGGGAUAAACUAAUCCGCCAAUCCUACGAUAACUUGGAACCCGGAGGCUGGGUCGAAGUCAUCGACCCCGUGUUCCCCGCCAAAUCCGAAGACGGAACGCUCAAGCCCGACUCGCCCCUUCACCGAUGGGACGAACUAACCGCCAAAGGCGCCUUAGCCCUCGGCCGUCCCUUCGAUGAAGGUGUUAACCACGAAAAACGUCUCAAAGAAGCCGGCUUCGUAAACGUUACGAGAAAGGCAUUUAAGUGGCCUACUAAUACCUGGCCCAAGGAUCCAAAGUUUAAGGAGAUUGGGCUCUGGACACUUGCUAACAUUGAGAGGAAUCUUGAGACGAUUAGUAGCUUCUUGUUGAGGCAGGGACUUGGGAUGAGUCAGGAGGAGAUCUUGGUGUUUAUUGCGGAGGUUAGGGCUGAGAUGAGGGAUUUGAAGGUUCAUGCCUAUUGGGAGGUGUUCGUUGUUACCGGGCAGAAGCCGGAGGAACAGGUCCAAGGAUAG